AUGUGGACCGGUUGGUCCAACCAGCCAGUUGGUCCUGUGGACCGGUUGGACCAACCGGCCAGUUGGUCCUGUGGACCGGUUGGACCAACCGGCCAGUUGGUCCUGUGGACCGGUUGGACCAAUCGGCCAGUUGGUCCUGUGGACCGGUUGGACCAACCCGCCAGUUGGUCAUGUGGACCGGUUGGACCAACCGGCCAGUUGGUCAUGUGGACCGGUUGGUCCAACCGGCCAGUUGGUCAUGUGGACCGGUUGGACCAACCGGCCAGUUGGUCCUGUGGACCGGUUGGUCCAACCGGCCAGUUGGUCAUGUGGACCGGUUGGACCAACCGGCCAGUUGGUCCUGUGGACCGGUUGGACCAACCGGCCAGUUGGUCAUGUGGACCGGUUGGUCCAACCGGCCAGUUGGUCAUGUGGACCGGUUGGUCCAACCGGCCAGUUGGUCAUGUGGACCGGUUGGACCAACCGGCCAGUCCUGUGGACCGGUUGGACCAACCGGCCAGUUGGUCCUGUGGACCGGUUGGACCAACCGGCCAGUUGGUCAUGUGGACCGGUUGGACCAACCGGCCAGUUGGUCAUGUGGACCGGUUGGACCAACCGGCCAGUUGGUCAUGUGGACCGGUUGGACCAACCGGCCAGUUGGUCCUGUGGACCGGUUGGACCAACCGGCCAGUUGGUCCUGUGGACCGGUUGGACCAACCGGCCAGUUGGUCCUGUGGACCGGUUGGACCAACCGGCCAGUUGGUCAUGUGGACCGGUUGGACCAACCGGCCAGUUGGUCCUGUGGACCGGUUGGACCAACCGGCCAGUUGGUCCCUGUGGACCGUUGGUCCUGUGGACCGGUUGGACCAACCGGCCAGUUGGUCCUGUGGACCGGUUGGACCAACCGGCCAGUUGGUCCUGUGGACCGGUUGGACCAACCGGCCAGUUGGUCAUGUGGACCGGUUGGACCAACCGGCCAGUUGGUCCUGUGGACCGGUUGGACCAACCGGCCAGUUGGGCCUGUGGACCGGUUGGACCAACCGGCCAGUUGGUCCUGUGGACCGGUUGGACCAACCGGCCACUGUUGGUCCUGUGGACCGUUUGACCAACCGGCCAGUUGGUCAUGUGACCGGUUGGAAACCAACCGGCCAAUUGUCCUGUGGACCGGUUGGACCAACCGGCCAUGUUGGUCAUGUGGGACCGGUUGGGACCAACCGGCCAGUUGGUCCUGUGGACCGGUUGGACCAACCGGCCAGUUGGUCCUGUGGACCGGUUGGACCAACCGGCCAGUUGGUCCUUGUGGACCGGUUGGACCAACCGGCCAGUUGGUCCUGUGGACCGGUUGGCCAACGGCCAGUUGGUCCUGUGGACCGGUGGGACCAACCGGCCAGUUGGUCCUGUGGACCGGUUUGGACCAACCGGCCAGUUGGUCCUGUGGACCGGUUGGACCAACCGGCCAGUUGGUCCUGUGGACCGGUUGGACCAACCGGCCAGUUGGUCAUGUGGGACCGGUUGGACCAACGGCCAGUUGGUCCUGUGGACCGGUUGGACCAACCGGCCAGUUGGUCCUGUGGACCGGUUGGUCCAACCGGCCAGUUGGUCCUGUGGACCGGUUGGACCAACCGGCCAGUUGGUCCUGUGGACCGGUUGAGCCAACCGGCCAGUUGGUCAUGUGGACCGGUUGGACCAACCGGCCAGUUGGUCCUGUGGACCGGUUGGACCAACCGGCCAGUUGGUCCUGUGGACCGGUUGGACCAACCGGCCAGUUGGUCAUGUGGACCGGUUGGACCAACCGGCCAGUUGGUCCUGUGGACCGGUUGGACCAACCGGCCAGUUGGUCCUGUGGACCGGUUGGACCAACCGGCCAGUUGGUCCUGUGGACCGGUUGGUCCAACCGGCCAGUUGGUCCUGUGGACCGGUUGGACCAACCGGCCAGUUGGUCCUGUGGACCGGUUGGACCAACCGGCCAGUUGGUCCUGUGGACCGGUUGGACCAACCGCCAGUUGGUCAUGUGGACCGGUUGGACCAACCGGCCAGUUGGUCCUGUGGACCGGUUGGUCCAACCGGCCAGUUGGUCCUGUGGACCGGUUGGACCAACCGGCCAGUUGGUCCUGUGGACCGGUUGGACCAACCGGCCAGUUGGUCCUGUGGACCGGUUGGACCAACCGGCCAGUUGGUCAUGUGGACCGGUUGGACCAACCGGCCAGUUGGUCCUGUGGACCGGUUGGUACCAACCGGCCAGUUGGUCCUGUGGACCGGUUGGACCAACCGGCCAGUUGGUCCUGUGGGACCGGUUUGGACCAACCGGCCAGUUGGUCCUGUGGACCGGUUGGACCAACCGGCCAGUUGGUCCUGUGGACCGGUUGGACCAACCGGCCAGUUGGUCCUGUGGACCGGUUGGACCAACCGGCCAGUUGGUCAUGUGGACCGGUUGGUCCAACAGGCCAGUUGGUCCUGUGGACCGGUUGGUCCAACCGGCCAGUUGGUCCUGUGGACCGGUUGGACCAACCGGCCAGUUGGUCCUGUGGACCGGUUGGUCCAACCGGCCUAGUUGGUCCUGUGGACCGGUUGGACCAACCGGCCAGUUGGUCCUGUGGACCGGUUGGACCAACCGGCCAGUUGGUCCUGUGGACCGGUUGGUCCAACCGGCCAGUUGGUCAUGUGGACCGGUUGGACCAACCGGCCAGUUGGUCCUGUGGACCGGUUGGACCAACCGGCCAGUUGGUCCUGUGGACCGGUUGGUCCAACCGGCCAGUUGGUCCUGUGGACCGGUUGGUACCAACCGGCCAGUUGGUCCUGUGGACCGGUUGGACCAAACCGGCCAGUUGGUCCUGUGGACCGGUUGGACCAACCGGCCAGUUGGUCCUGUGGACCGGUUGGACCAACCGGCCAGUUGGUCCUGUGGACCGGUUGGUCCAACCGGCCAGUUGGUCCUGUGGACCGGUUUGGACCAACCGGCCAGUUGGUCCUGUGGACCGGUUGGUCCAACCGGCCAGUUGGUCCUGUGGACCGGUUGGUACCAACCGGCCAGUUGGUCCUGUGGACCGGUUGGACCAACCGGCCAGUUGGUCCUGUGGACCGGUUGGACCAACCGGCCAGUUGGUCAUGUGGACCGGUUGGACCAACCGGCCAGUUUGGUCCUGUGGACCGGUUGGACCAACCGGCCAGUUGGUCCUGUGGACCGGUUGGACCAACCGGCCAGUUGGUCCUGUGGACCGGUUGGUCCAACCGGCCAGUUGGUCCUGUGGACCGGUUGGACCAACCGGCCAGUUGGUCCUGUGGACCGGUUGGACCAACCGGCCAGUUGGUCCUGUGGACCGGUUGGUCCAACCGGCCAGUUGGUCCUGUGGACCGGUUGGACCAACCGGCCAGUUGGUCAUGUGGACCGGUUGGUCCAACGGCCAGUUGGUCCUGUGGACCGGUUGGACCAACCGGCCAGUUGGUCCUGUGGACCGGUUGGACCAACCGGCCAGUUGGUCCUGUGGACCGGUUGGACCAACCGGCCAGUUGGUCCUGUGGACCGGUUGGACCAACCGGCCAGUUGGUCCUGUGGACCGGUUGGACCAACCGGCCAGUUGGUCCUGUGGACCGGUUGGACCAACCGGCCAGUUGGUCAUGUGGACCGGUUGGACCAACCGGCCAGUUGGUCCUGUGGACCGGUUGGACCAACCGGCCAGUUGGUCCUGUGGACCGGUUGGACCAACCGGCCAGUUGGUCCUGUGGACCGGUUGGACCAACCGGCCAGUUGGUCCUGUGGACCGGUUGGACCAACCGGCCAGUUGGUCCUGUGGACCGGUUGGACCAACCGGCCAGUUGGUCCUGUGGACCGGUUGGACCAACCGGCCAGUUGGUCCUGUGGACCGGUUGGACCAACCGGCCAGUUGGUCCUGUGGACCGGUUGGACCAACCGGCCAGUUGGUCCUGUGGACCGGUUGGACCAACCGGCCAGUUGGUCCUGUGGACCGGUUGGUCCAACCGGCCAGUUGGUCCUGUGGACCGGUUGGACCAACCGGCCAGUUGGUCCUGUGGACCGGUUGGACCAACCGGCCAGUUGGUCCUGUGGACCGGUUGGGACCAACCGGCCAGUUGGUCAUGUGGACCGGUUGGACCAACCGGCCAGUUGUUCAUGUGGACCGGGCCAACGGCCAGUUGGUCCUGUGGACCGGUUGGACCAACCGGCCAGUUGGUCCUGUGGACCCGGUUGGUCCAACCGGCCAGUUGGUCAUGUGGACCGGUUGGACCAACCGGCCAGUUGGUCCUGUGGACCGGUUGGACCAACCGGCCAGUUGGUCCUGUGGACCGGUUGGACCAACCGGCCAGUUGGUCAUGUGGACCGGUUGGACCAACCGGCCAGUUGGUCCUGUGGACCGGUUGGACCAACCGGCCAGUUGGUCAUGUGGACCGGUUGGACCAACCGGCCAGUUGGUCCUGUGGACCGGUUGGACCAACCGGCCAGUUGGUCCUGUGGACGGUUGGACCAACCGGCCAGGUUGGUCCUGUGGACCGGUUGGACCAACAGGCCAGUUUGGUCAUGUGGACCGGUUGGACCAACCGGCCAGUUGGUCCUGUGGACCGGUUGGGACCAACCGGCCAGUUGCGUCAUGUGGACCGGUUGGACCAACCGGCCAGUUGGUCAUGUGGACCGGUUGGACCAACCGGCCAGUUGGUCCUGUGGACCGUUGGUCAUGUGGACCGGUUGGACCAACCGGCCAGUUGGUCCUGUGGACCGGUUGGACCAACCGGCCAGUUGGUCCUGUGGACCGGUUGGACCAACCGGCCAGUUGGUCAUGUGGACCGGUUGGACCAACCGGCCAGUUGGUCCUGUGGACCGGUUGGACCAACCGGCCAGUUGGUCAUGUGGACCGGUUGGUACCAACCGGCCAGUUGGUCAUGUGGACCGGUUGGACCAACCGGCCAGUUGGUCAUGUGGACCGGUUGGACCAACCGGCCAGUUGGUCCUGUGGACCGGUUGGACCAACCGGCCAGUUGGUCCUGUGGACCGGUUGGACCAACCGGCCAGUUGGUCAUGUGGACCGGUUGGACCAACCGGCCAGUUGGUCAUGUGGACCGGUUGGACCAACCGGCCAGUUGGUCCUGUGGACCGGUUGGACCAACCGGCCAGUUGGUCCUGGACCGUUGGACCAACCGGCCAGUGGCCUGUGGACCGGUUUGGACCAACCGGCCAGUUGGUCAUGUGGACCGGUUGGACCAACCGGCCAGUUGGUCAUGUGGACCGGUUGGACCAACCGGCCAGUUGGUCCUGUGGACCGGUUUGGACCAACCGGCCAGUUGGUCAUGUGGACCGGUUGGUCCAACCGGCCAGUUGGUCCUGUGGACCGGUUGGACCAACCGGCCAGUUGGUCCUGUGGACCGGUUGGACCAACCGGCCAGUUGGUCAUGUGGACCGGUUGGUCCAACCGGCCAGUUGGUCAUGUGGACCGGUUGGACCAACCGGCCAGUUGGUCCUGUGGACCGGUUGGACCAACCGGCCAGUUGGUCAUGUGGACCGGUUGGACCAACCGGCCAGUUGGUCCUGUGGACCGGUUGGACCAACCGGCCAGUUGGUCCUGUGGACCGGUUGGACCAACCGGCCAGUUGGUCAUGUGGACCGGUUGGACCAACCGGCCAGUUGGUCCUGUGGACCGGUUGGACCAACCGGCCAGUUGGUCCUGUGGACCGGUUGGUCCAACCGGCCAGUUGGUCAUGUGGACCGGUUGGACCAACCGGCCGAGUUGGGACGGGCAGUUGGUCCUGUGGACCGGUUGGACCAACCGGCCAGUUGGUCCUGUGGACCGGUUGGACCAACCGGCCAGUUGGUCCUGUGGACCGGUUGGACCAACCGGCCAGUUGGUCCUGUGGACCGGUUGGACCAACCGGCCAGUUGGUCCUGUGGACCGGUUGGACCAACCGGCCAGUUGGUCCUGUGGACCGGUUGGUACCAACCGGCCAGUUGGUCCAUGUGGACCGGUUGGACCAACCGGCCAGUUGGUCCUGUGGACCGGUUGGACCAACCGGCCAUGUUGGUCCUGUGGACCGGUUGGAUCCAACCGGCCAGUUGGUCAUUGUGGACCGGUUGGACUCAACCGGCCAGUUGGUCCUGUGGACCGGUUGGACAACCGGCCAGUUGUCCUGUGGACCGGUUGGAUCCAACCGGGCCAGUUGGUCCUGUGGACCGGUUGGUCCAACCGGCCAGUUGGUCAUGUGGACCGGUUGGAACCAACCGGCCAGUUGGUCCUGUGGACCGGUUGGUCCAACCAGGCCAGUUGGUCCUGUGGACCGGUUGGACCAACCGGCCAGUUGGUCCUGUGGACCGUUGGGACCAACCGGCCAGUUGGUCAUAGUGGACCGGUUGGACCAACCGGCCAGUUGGUCCUGUGGACCGGUUGGACCAACCGGCCAGUUGGUCAUGUGGACCGGUUGGACCAACCGGCCAGUUGGUCCUGUGGACCGGUUGGACCAACCGGCCAGUUGGUCCUGUGGACCGGUUGGACCAACCGGCCAGUUGGUCCUGUGGACCGGUUGGAUCCAACCGGCCAGUUGGUCCUGUGGACCGGUUGGUCCAAACCGGCCAGUUGGUCCUGUGGACCGGUUGGACCAACCGGCCAGUUGGUCCUGUGGACCGGUUGGACCAACCGGCCAGUUGGUCCUGUGGACCGGUUGGUCCAACCGGCCAGUUGGUCCUGUGGACCGGUUGGACCAACCGGCCAGUUGGUCCUGUGGACCGGUUGGACCAACCGGCCAGUUGGUCCUGUGGACCGGUUGGACCAACCGGCCAGUUGGUCCUGUGACCGGUUGGACCAACCGGCCAGUUGGUCAUGUGGACCGGUUGGUACCAACCGGCCAGUUGGUCCUGUGGACCGGUUGGUACCAACCGGCCAGUUGGUCCUGUGGACCGGUUGGACCAACCGGCCAGUUGGUCCUGUGGACCGGUUGGUCCAACCGGCCAGUUGGUCCUGUGGACCGGUUGGUCCAACCGGCCAGUUGGUCCUGUGGACCGGUUGGUCCAACCGGCCAGUUGGUCCUGUGGACCGGUUGGACCAACCGGCCAGUUGGUCCUGUGGACCGGUUGGACCAACCGGCCAGUUGGUCCUGUGGACCGGUUGGUCCAACCGGCCAGUUGGUCCUGUGGACCGGUUGGACCAACCGGCCAGUUGGUCCUGUGGACCGGUUGGUACCAACGGCCAGUUGGUCCUGUGGACCGGUUGGGUACCAACCGGCCAGUUGGUCAUGUGGACCGGUUGGUCCAACGUCCAGUUGGUCCUGUGGGACCGGUUGGACCAACCGGCCAGUUUGGUCAUGUGGACCGGUUGGUCCAACCCGGCCAGUUGGUCCUGUGGACCGGUUGGGACCAACCGGCCAGUUGGUCCUGUGGACCGGUUGGUCCAACCGGCCAGUUGGUCCUGCUGGGACCGGUUGGACCAACCGGCCAGUUGGUAUGUGGACCGGUUGGUCCAACCGGCCAGUUGGUCCUGUGGACCGGUUGGUCUCCAACGGCCGUUUGGGUCAUGUGGACCGGUUGGACCAACCGGCCAGUGGUCCUGUGGACCGGUUGGUCGCACACGGCCAGUUGGUCCUGUGGACCGGUUGGACCAACCGGCCAGUUGGUCCUGUGGACCGGUUGGUCAAACCGGCCAGUUGGUCCUGUGGACCGGUUGGACCAACCGGCCAGUUGGUCCUGUGGACCGGUUGGGACCAACCGGCCAGUUGGUCCUGUGGACCGGUUGGCCAACGGCCAGUUCGUCCUGUGGACCGGUUGGUCCAACCGGCCAGUUGGUCCUGUGGACGGUUGGACCAACCGGCCAAUUGGUCCUGUGGACCGGUUGGUCCAACCGGCCAGUUGGUCCUGUGGACCGGUUGGACCAACCGGCCAGUUGGUCCUGUGGACCGGUUGGUCCAACCGGCCGUUGGUCCUGUGGACCGGUUGGUACCAACCGGCCAGUUUGUCCUGUGGACCGGUUGGACCAACCGGCCAGUGGUCCUGUGGACCGGUUUGGUCCAACCGGCCAGUUGGUCCUGUGGACCGGUUGGACCAACCGGCCAGUUGGUCAUGUGGACCGGUUGGUCCAACCGGCCAGUUGGUCCUGUGGACCGGUUGGACCAACGGCAGUUGGUCCUGUGGACCGGUUGGUCAACCGGCCAAGUGGUCCUGUGGACCGGUUGGACCGGUUGUUGGGACCAACCGCCGUUGGUCCUGUGGACCGGUUUGGUCCAACCGGCCAGUUGGUCAUGUGGACCGGUUGGACCAACCGGCCAGUUGGUCCUGUGGACCGGUUGGUCCAACCGGCCAGUUGGUCCUGUGGACCGGUUGGACCAACCGGCCAGUUGGUCCUGUGGACCGGUUGGUCCAACCGGCCAGUUGGUCCUGUGGACCGGUUGGACCAACCGGCAGUUGGUCCUGUGGACCGGUUGGACCAACCGGCCAGUUGGUCAUGUGGACCGGUUGGUCCAACCGGCCAGUUGGUCAUGUGGACCGGUUGGUACCAACCGGCCAGUUGGUCCUGUGGACCGGCCAGUUGGUCCUGUGGGACCGGUUGGUCCAACCGGCCAGUUGGUCCUGUGGACCGGUUGGACCAACCGGCCAGUUGGUCCUGUGGACCGGUUGGACCAACCGGCCAGUUGGUCAUGUGGACCGGUUGGACCAACCGGCCAGUUGGUCCUGUGGACCGGUUGGACCAACCGGCCAGUUGGUCAUGUGGACCGGUUGGUCCAACCGGCCAGUUGGUCCUGUGGACCGGUUGGACCAACCGGCCAGUUGGUCCUGUGGACCGGUUGGUCCAACCGGCCAGUUGGUCCUGUGGACCGGUUGGACCAACCGGCCAGUUGGUCCUGUGGACCGGUUGGUCCAACCGCGCCAGUUGGUCCUGUGGACCGGUUGGACCAACCGGCCAGUUGGUCCUGUGGACCGGUUGGACCAACCGGCCAGUUGGUCAUGUGGACCGGUUGGUCCAACCGGCCAGUUGGUCCUGUGGACCGGUUGGACCAACCGGCCAGGUGGUCAUGUGGACCGGUUGGUCCAACCGGCCAGUUGGUCCUGUGGACCGGUUGGGACCAACCGGCCAGUUGGUCAUGUGGACCGGUUGGUCCAACCGGCCAGUUGGUCCUGUGGACCGGUUGGACAACCGGCCAGUUGGUCCUGUGGACCGGUUGGUACCAACCGGCCAGUUGGUCCAUGUGGACCGGUUGGACCAACCGGCCAGUUGGUCCUGUGGACCGGUUGGACCAACCGGCCAGUUGGUCCUGUGGACCGGUUGGACCAACCGGCCAGUUGGUCCUGUGGACCGGUUGGACCAACCGGCCAGUUGGUCCUGUGGACCGGUUGGACCAACCGGCCAGUUGGUCCUGUGGACCGGUUGGACCAACCGGCCAGUUGGUCCUGUGGACCGGUUGGACCAACCGGCCAGUUGGUCCUGUGGACCGGUUGGACCAACCGGCCAGUUGGUCCUGUGGACCGGUUGGACCAACCGGCCAGUUGGUCCUGUGGACCGGUUGGACCAACCGGCCUGUUGGUCCUGUGGACCGGUUGGACCAACCGGCCAGUUGGUCCUGUGGACCGGUUGGACCAACCGGCCUGUUGGUCCUGUGGACCGGUUGGACCAACCGGCCAGUUGGUCCUGUGGACCGGUUGGACCAACCGGCCAGUUGGUCCUGUGGACCGGUUGGACCAACCGGCCAGUUGGUCCUGUGGACCGGUUGGACCAACCGGCCAGUUGGUCCUGUGGACCGGUUGGACCAACCGGCCAGUUGGUCCUGUGGACCGGUUGGACCAACCGGCCAGUUGGUCCUGUGGACCGGUUGGACCAACCGGCCAGUUGGUCCUGUGGACCGGUUGGACCAACCGGCCAGUUGGUCCUGUGGACCGGUUGGACCAACCGGCCAGUUGGUCCUGUGGACCGGUUGGACCAACCGGCCAGUUGGUCCUGUGGACCGGUUGGACCAACCGGCCAGUUGGUCCUGUGGACCGGUUGGACCAACCGGCCAGUUGGUCCUGUGGACCGGUUGGACCAACCGGCCAGUUGGUCCUGUGGACCGGUUGGACCAACCGGCCAGUUGGUCCUGUGGACCGGUUGGACCAACCGGCCAGUUGGUCCUGUGGACCGGUUGGACCAACCGGCCAGUUGGUCCUGUGGACCGGUUGGACCAACCGGCCAGUUGGUCCUGUGGACCGGUUGGACCAACCGGCCAGUUGGUCCUGUGGACCGGUUGGACCAACCGGCCAGUUGGUCCUGUGGACCGGUUGGUCCAACCGGCCAGUUGGUCCUGUGGACCGGUUGGACCAACCGGCCAGUUGGUCCUGUGGACCGGUUGGACCAACCGGCCAGUUGGUCCUGUGGACCGGUUGGACCAACCGGCCAGUUGGUCCUGUGGACCGGUUGGUCCAACCGGCCAGUUGGUCCUGUGGACCGGUUGGUCCAACCGGCCAGUUGGUCAUGUGGACCGGUUGGACCAACCGGCCAGUUGGUCCUGUGGACCGGUUGGUCCCAACCGGCCAGUUGGUCCUGUGGACCGGUUGGUACCAACCGGCCAGUUGGUCCUGUGGACCGGGUGGUCCAACCGGCCAGUUGGUUCCUGUGGACCGGUUUGGACCAACCGGCCAGUUGGUCAUGUGGACCGGUUGGACCAACCGGCCAGUUGGUCCUGUGGACGGUUGGAUCCAACCGGCCAUUGGUCCUGUGGACCGGUUUGGUACCAACCGGCCAGUUGGUCAUGUGGACCGGUUGGUCCAACCGGCCAGUUGGUCCUGUGGAACCGGUUGGACCAACCGGCCAGUUGGUCCUGUGGACCGGUUGGACCAACCGGCCAGUUGGUCCUGUGGACCGGUUGGACCAACCGGCCAGUUGGUCCUGUGGACCGGUUGGACCAACCGGCCAGUUGGUCCUGUGGACCGGUUGGUCCAACCGGCCAGUUGGUCCUGUGGACCGGUUGGUCCAACCGGCCAGUUGGUCCUGUGGACCGGUUGGACCAACCGGCCAGUUGGUCCUGUGGACCGGUUGGUCCAACCGGCCAGUUGGUCCUGUGGACCGGUUGGACCAACCGGCCAGUUGGUCCUGUGGACCGGUUGGAUCCAACCGGCCAGUUGGUCCUGUGGACCGGUUGGUCCAACCGGCCAAGUUGGUCCUGUGGACCGGUUGGACCAACCGGCCAGUUGGUCCUGUGGACCGGUUUGGUCCAACCGGCCAGUUGGUCCUGUGGACCGGUUGGACCAACCGGCCAGUUGGUCCUGUGGACCGGUUGGACCAACCGGCCAGUUGGUCCUGUGGACCGGUUGGACCAACCGGCCAGUUGGUCCAUGUGGACCGGUUGGAUCCAACCGGCCAGUUGGUCCUGUGGACCGGUUGGACCAACCGGCCAGUUGGUCCUGUGGACCGGUUGGGCCAACCGGCCAGUUGGUCCUGUGGACCGGUUGGACCAACCGGCCAGUUGGUCCUGUGGACCGGUUGGUCCAACCGGCCAGUUGGUCCUGUGGACCGGUUGGUCCAACCGGCCAGUUGGUCAUGUGGACCGGUUGGCCAACCGGCCAGUUGGUCCUGUGGACCGGUUGGCUCCAACGGCCAGUUGGUCCUGUGGCCGGUUGGACCAACCGGCCAGUUGGUCCAUGUGGACCGGUUGGACCAACCGGCCAGUUGGUCAUGUGGACCGGUUGGACCAACCGGCCAGUUGGUCCUUUGGACCGGUUGGACCAACCGGCCAGUUGGUCAUGUGGACCGGUUGGACCAACCGGCCAGUUGGUCAUGUGGACCGGUUGGACCAACCGGCCAGUUGGUCAUGUGGACCGGUUGGACCAACCGGCCAGUUGGUCCUGUGGACCGGUUGGACCAACCGGCCAGUUGGUCCUGUGGACAGGUUGGUCCAACCGGCCAGUUGGUCCUGUGGACCGGUUGUCCAACCGGCAGUUGGUCAUGUGGACACGGUUGGUACCAACCGGCCAGUUGGUCCUGUGGACCGGUUGGACCAACCGGCCAGUUGGUCCUGUGGACCGGUUGGACCAACCGGCCAGUUGGUCCUGUGGACCGGUUGGUCCAACCGGCCAGUUGGUCCUGUGGACCGGUUGGGACCAACCGGCCAGUUGGUCUGUGGACGGUUGGACCAACCGGCCAAGUUGGUCCUGUGGACCGGUUGGGUCCAACCGGCCAGUUGGUCCUGUGGACCGGUUGGACCAACCGGCCAGUUGGUCCUGUGGACCGGUUGGUACCAACCGGCCAGUUGGUCCCUGUGGACCGGUUGGACCAACCGGCCAGUUGGUCCUGUGGACCGGUUGGACCAACCGGCCAGUUGGUCCUGUGGACCGGUUGGUCCAACCGGCCAGUUGGUCCUGUGGACCGGUUGGACCAACCGGCCAGUUGGUCCUGUGGACCGGUUGGUCCAACCGGCCAGUUGGUCCUGUGGACCGGUUGGACCAACCGGCCAGUUGGUCAUGUGGACCGGUUGGUACCAACCGGCCAGUUGGUCCUGUGGACCGGUUGGACCAACCGGCCAGUUGGUCCUUGUGGACCGGUUGGACCAACGGCCAGUUGGUCUGUGGACCGGUUGAGUCCAACCGGCCAGUUGGUCAUGUGGACCGGUUGGAACCAACCGGCCAGUUGGUCCUGUGGACCGGUUGGUCCAACCGGCCAGUUGUCCUGUGGACCGGUUGGACCAACCGGCCAGUUGGUCCUGUGGACCGGUUGGUCCAACCGGCCAGUUGGUCAUGUGGACCGGUUGGACCAACCGGCCAGUUGGGUCCUGUGGACCGGUUGGACCAACCGGCCAGUUGGUCAUGUGGACCGGUUGGUCCAACCGGCCAGUUGGUCAUGUGGACCGGUUGGACCAACCGGCCAGUUGGUCCUGUGGACCGGUUGGACCAACCGGCCAGUUGGUCCUGUGGACCGGUUGGACCAACCGGCCAGUUGGUCCUGUGGACCGGUUGGACCAACCGGGCCAGUUGGUCCUGUGGACCGGUUGGUACAAACCGGCCAGUUGGUCCUGUGGACCGGUUGGACCAACCGGCCAGUUGGUCCUGUGGACCGGGUUGGUACCAACCGGCCAGUUGGUCCUGUGGACCGGUUGGACCAACCGGCCAGUUGGUCCUGUGGACCGGUUGGUCCAACCGGCCAGUUGGUCCUGUGGACCGGUUGGACCAACCGGCCAGGUUGGUCCUGUGGACCGGUUGGACCAACCGGCCAGUUGGUCCUGUGGACCGGUUGGACCAACCGGCCAGUUGGUCCUGUGGACCGGUUGGACCAACCGGCCAGUUGGUCCUGUGGACCGGUUGGACCAACCGGCCAGUUGGUCCUGUGGACCGGUUGGACCAACCGGCCUGUUGGUCCUGUGGACCGGUUGGACCAACCGGCCAGUUGGUCCUGUGGACCGGUUGGACCAACCGGCCAGUUGGUCCUGUGGACCGGUUGGACCAACCGGCCAGUUGGUCCUGUGGACCGGUUGGACCAACCGGCCAGUUGGUCCUGUGGACCGGUUGGACCAACCGGCCAGUUGGUCCUGUGGACCGGUUGGACCAACCGGCCAGUUGGUCCUGUGGACCGGUUGGACCAACCGGCCAGUUGGUCCUGUGGACCGGUUGGACCAACCGGCCUGUUGGUCCUGUGGACCGGUUGGACCAACCGGCCAGUUGGUCCUGUGGACCGGUUGGACCAACCGGCCAGUUGGUCCUGUGGACCGGUUGGACCAACCGGCCAGUUGGUCCUGUGGACCGGUUGGACCAACCGGCCAGUUGGUCCUGUGGACCGGUUGGACCAACCGGCCAGUUGGUCCUGUGGACCGGUUGGACCAACCGGCCAGUUGGUCCUGUGGACCGGUUGGACCAACCGGCCAGUUGGUCCUGUGGACCGGUUGGACCAACCGGCCUGUUGGUCCUGUGGACCGGUUGGACCAACCGGCCAGUUGGUCCUGUGGACCGGUUGGACCAACCGGCCAGUUGGUCCUGUGGACCGGUUGGACCAACCGGCCAGUUGGUCCUGUGGACCGGUUGGACCAACCGGCCAGUUGGUCCUGUGGACCGGUUGGACCAACCGGCCAGUUGGUCCUGUGGACCGGUUGGACCAACCGGCCAGUUGGUCCUGUGGACCGGUUGGACCAACCGGCCAGUUGGUCCUGUGGACCGGUUGGACCAACCGGCCAGUUGGUCCUGUGGACCGGUUGGACCAACCGGCCUGUUGGUCCUGUGGACCGGUUGGACCAACCGGCCAGUUGGUCCUGUGGACCGGUUGGACCAACCGGCCUGUUGGUCCUGUGGACCGGUUGGACCAACCGGCCAGUUGGUCCUGUGGACCGGUUGGACCAACCGGCCAGUUGGUCCUGUGGACCGGUUGGACCAACCGGCCAGUUGGUCCUGUGGACCGGUUGGACCAACCGGCCAGUUGGUCCUGUGGACCGGUUGGACCAACCGGCCAGUUGGUCCUGUGGACCGGUUGGACCAACCGGCCAGUUGGUCCUGUGGACCGGUUGGACCAACCGGCCAGUUGGUCCUGUGGACCGGUUGGACCAACCGGCCUGUUGGUCCUGUGGACCGGUUGGACCAACCGGCCAGUUGGUCCUGUGGACCGGUUGGACCAACCGGCCAGUUGGUCCUGUGGACCGGUUGGACCAACCGGCCAGUUGGUCCUGUGGACCGGUUGGACCAACCGGCCUGUUGGUCCUGUGGACCGGUUGGACCAACCGGCCAGUUGGUCCUGUGGACCGGUUGGACCAACCGGCCUGUUGGUCCUGUGGACCGGUUGGACCAACCGCCAGUUGGUCAUGUGGACCGUGGACCAACCGGCCAGUUGUCCUGUGACCGGUUGCCAACCGGCCAUGUUGGUCAUGUGGACCGGUUGGUACCAACCGGCCAGGUUUGGUCCUGUGGACCGGUUGGACCACCGGCCUGUUGGUCCUGUGACCGUUGGACCAACCGGCCAGUUGGUCCUGUGGACCGGUUGGACCAACCGGCCAGUUGGUCCUGUGGACCGGUUGGACCAACCGGCCAUGUUGGUCCUGUGGACCGGUUGGACCAACCGGCCUGUUGGUCCUGUGGACACGGUUGGGACCAACCGGCCAGUUGGUCCUGUGGGACCGGUUGGACCAACCGGCCAGUUGGUCCUGUGGGACCGGUUGGACCAACCGGCCAGUUUUGGGUCCUAG